CCCCGGCCGCCACCCGCGGGCGGAAGUUCCGGUGGGAGCGCGGCGGCGAGCCGGGAGCGCGGCGGGCCCGGGCCGAGGUGCCAGCGUCGGAGUCUGUCUCGGUGUAUGUGCGGUAACAACAUGUCUGUCCCCCUCCUCGCCGACGCCGUGACCGUCUCAGGGGCAGAGCGGGAGACUGCCGCGGUCAUUUUCUUACACGGCCUGGGAGACACGGGGCACAGCUGGGCCGAUGCUCUCUCCUCCAUCCGCCUCCCCUACGUGAAAUACAUCUGCCCUCACGCGCCCCGGAUCCCCGUAACCCUCAACAUGAAGAUGGUCAUGCCCUCCUGGUUUGACCUGAUGGGAUUGACUCCGGACGCACCUGAGGAUGAAGCUGGGAUCAAGAAAGCUGCAGAAAACAUUAAAGCAAUUAUCGAGCACGAGAUGAAGAACGGGAUCCCACCCAACCGGAUCAUCCUGGGGGGCUUCUCGCAGGGCGGCGCCCUCUCGCUGUACACGGCGCUCACCUGCCAGCACCAGCUGGCCGGCAUCGUGGCGCUCAGCUGCUGGCUCCCGCUGCACAAAGCCUUCCCGCAGGCGGCGAGCAACGGCGUGAACAAGGACAUCGCCAUCCUGCAGUGCCACGGGGAGAUGGACCCCAUGAUCCCCGUGCGCUUCGGGGCCCUCACUGCCGAGAAGCUGAAGUCCGUCGUCACCCCCGCCAAGGUCCAGUUCAAAACCUACCCCGGCGUGAUGCACAGCUCCUGCCCCCAGGAGAUGCUGGCGGUGAAGGAGUUCAUCGAGAAGCUGCUGCCCCGGAUCUAGGCAGAGCCGCUCGAGACUGUCGCAGGGAAGGACGCCGAGGCCGCCGCCGCCGCUCUUUCCCCCGUGACCCGUCCGCUGCACGCGGAAGCCGUGGCCCCCCCCUCGCCGCCCGGCCCCCGCCUCGUCCCCUCUCCUCGCGCCGCCCCGCUGCGGCUGGGGGUGCCCGUCCCUCCCCGCCGCCCUCGGAGCCGAGGUCGGAGCUCUGUGAGGCGCGUCUCCGGGUGGCCUUCCCUCUCCUCUCCCUCUGGGCGGUUUCGGGGGGGGGGUCGCCCUCCCCUCGGUUUCCCGUUCAGGCACUGCAGCGUUCGGGCCGGGCGGGGGGCGGGCGAGAUCUUUGUUAUUUGUUUUCUUUUGUAACAGUGUUAGGGGUGGGACGCGCCCCCCGCGGCGGCAGGAGCAGCGUGGGCACGGGGCAGGGCCGGGCACCCCCUGGGGCUCCUCCUCUGCCCUCGGCCUCGCUCAGGUGACUCACGGGUUUUCGGUCAGAGCUCAGGAACCCGGGACUCUCCUGCCAACGCCUCGAGGCCCAGGGAGAGGCUCUGCUCGGGGCUGGCGCUGCCAAAGGCUGGCGGAGAGGCGCCUGCGGGGCCCCGGCCCCGGCCCUGUCGCACACGCACACUGCCCCGGGCUCGCCCUGCGCCCCUGCAGCCCUCCUCCAGAUAAUCGCCUCCUUCCUCCUCCUCCUCUCGUUGCUUUUACAAUCUUCUCCUCAGCCCUGCGGGGGGCCCAGAGGCGUCUCCCCCUCCCUCGGCCCAGCUCCGUGCCCGCUGGCCAGGUCCGUAACG